AAAAAAACUGUAAAGAUGCAAAAACGUAAUAUCCACGAAGAUCCUAUUACCUAGGAAGAUUUUUGAUGUUUUGCUACAAAUGCGGUGCUGGAAUUUAUUUGUUCUUGGAGUGUUCUGCGUGGCUGGCAAAGAAUAAUGUUCCAAAAUCGGUCCAUCUCCCAAGGGGUCCAAUUUUUCUUCCUGGGUGUCAGCGAGCCCUGACUCACAGUGCAGCUGACAGGGGCUGUCAUGCAAGUGGCCCCUUAAGCCAAAGCAAAAGACCUAAGGACGACCUUUGAACAAUACAAAGGAUGGGUUUCAAUGUAAUUAGGCUACUGAGCGGAUCAGCUGUAGCACUGGUUAUAGCCCCCACUGUCUUACUGACAAUGCUUUCUUCUGCCGAACGAGGAUGCCCUAAGGGCUGUAGGUGUGAAGGCAAAAUGGUAUAUUGUGAAUCUCAGAAAUUACAGGAGAUACCCUCAAGUAUAUCUGCUGGUUGCUUAGGUUUGUCCCUUCGCUAUAACAGCCUUCAAAAACUUAAGUAUAAUCAAUUCAAAGGGCUCAACCAGCUCACCUGGCUGUACCUUGACCAUAAUCAUAUCAGCAAUAUUGAUGAGAAUGCUUUUAAUGGGAUACGCAGACUCAAAGAGUUGAUUCUGAGUUCCAACAGAAUCUCCUAUUUUCUCAACAAUACCUUCAGACCUGUGACAAAUUUACGGAACUUGGAUCUGUCCUAUAAUCAGCUGCAUUCUCUGGGAUCUGAACAGUUUCGGGGCUUGCGGAAGCUGCUGAGUUUACAUUUACGGUCUAACUCCCUGAGAACCAUCCCUGUGCGAAUAUUCCAAGACUGCCGCAAUCUGGAACUUUUGGACCUGGGAUAUAACCGGAUCCGAAGUUUAGCCAGGAAUGUCUUUGCUGGCAUGAUCAGACUCAAAGAACUUCACCUGGAGCACAAUCAAUUUUCUAAACUCAACCUGGCCCUUUUUCCAAGGUUGGUGAGCCUUCAGAACCUUUACUUGCAGUGGAAUAAAAUCAGUGUCAUAGGACAGACCAUGUCCUGGACCUGGAGCUCAUUACAAAGGCUUGAUUUAUCAGGCAAUGAGAUUGAAGCUUUUAGUGGACCUAGUGUUUUCCAGUGUGUCCCAAACCUGCAGCGCCUCAACCUGGAUUCCAAUAAGCUUACAUUUAUUGGUCAAGAGAUUUUGGAUUCUUGGAUAUCUCUCAAUGACAUCAGUCUUGCCGGGAAUAUAUGGGAAUGCAGCAGAAAUAUUUGUUCCCUGGUAAACUGGCUGAAAAGUUUUAAAGGUCUGAGGGAGAAUACAAUUAUCUGUGCCAGUCCCAAAGAGCUGCAAGGAGUAAAUGUGAUCGAUGCAGUGAAGAACUACAGCAUCUGUGGCAAAAGUACCACAGAGAGGUUUGAUCUGGCCAGGGCUCUCCCCAAGCCGACAUUUAAGCCUAAGCUCCCCAGGCCGAAGCAUGAGAGCAAGCCCCCUCUGCCCCCCACAGUGGGAGCCACGGAGCCCGGCCCAGAGACCGAUGCUGACACCGAGCACAUCUCUUUCCAUAAAAUCAUCGCAGGGAGCGUGGCCCUUUUCCUGUCCGUGCUCGUCAUCCUGCUCGUUAUCUACGUGUCAUGGAAGCGGUACCCUGCUAGCAUGAAGCAGCUGCAGCAGCGCUCCCUCAUGCGAAGGCACAGGAAAAAGAAAAGACAGUCCCUAAAGCAAAUGACUCCCAGCACCCAGGAAUUUUAUGUAGAUUAUAAACCCACCAACACGGAGACCAGCGAGAUGCUGCUGAAUGGGACGGGACCCUGCACCUAUAACAAAUCAGGCUCCAGGGAGUGUGAGAUACCUUUAUCAAUGAAUGUGUCAACCUUUCUGGCAUACGACCAGCCCACAAUAAGUUACUGUGGGGUGCAUCAUGAACUUCUCUCUCAUAAGUCCUUUGAAACGAACGCACAGGAAGAUACGAUGGAAACACACCUAGAGACUGAGCUGGACCUGAGCACAAUCACAACUGCUGGCCAAAUCAGUGACCACAAACAGCAGCUGACUUAACUGAGCUAAUUGGUAGCCAAGGGUUGCCGCCAAACUUUGUAACCUCAAGGACAAAAUGAGGAAGAUUUGUUCAUUGUGGACUCUAAAAGCAAAACACAACAAAAAUCCCCUGUUAAACAAAAAUCCAAGAUUUAUUCAUGAAAUAAAGAAGACAUGAAUUGUUUCAAGUCUACACUUUGUAAUUAGCUAAGUUGUGCAGUAUUUUUUUGACUUAAACAGAGUAUGACCCUGAGAAAAAGAAAAUCUUUUUUUUUCAAAACUCAUCCUACCUACCUGUAAAAACUGUACAGAGCUAAUGUAUUUUUCAUAUUGUAAAGUUUCAAUUAUAGAAACAACUGGUAUGUACAGUACCAUAAUUUAAUUACAUUUUACUUUACAAACUUUACACAUUUCAGUUUCUAAAAUUUUAAAUUAACAAAAAAAAUUAUUUCUUGUGUUAUUCCGAGUUACUCAGUUUUAUAGGGACUGUUUUGUUACUGCUUUUGUGCCCAGAAACCUUGACUCUAAAAUUCUGUGCUGUGCGAAACAUGCACGAUUUUUAUCAUGCUUAUUGCGUAGAACUUUAUCUACUUGUUCCAGAAAUAAUACAUUAACCAAAAAGGAUUUAAUUGUUGAGAAUUGUAAGAAGUUCUUCAAUUACAUAGGCAGGUUUUUCUUAUAAAUGAAAAAAAAA